ACUGAAAAGCUCUCUAUUAUAUCAAGAUUUUAUAUAAUACUAUUAACUCCCGACGAAAAAAGAAGGGUGUUAUAAUUGACCACUAAGUGUGUCUGUGUGUCAGCUGUGUGUCUCUGUGAGACUGUUUGUGACGCCGUAAUAGCUCUUGAACUAGUACCGAUUUGGAUGCAGUUUUUAUUUUUCGAAGCUCGUCUAGCCACCGUCUAGCGGUAGUUUUAAACAUGUUUUAUCAAGACCAGUUUAUCCGUUGCUCUUUUUUUAGCAAGUCUUGUAUGUAUUUUCAAUUUAAAUGCGUCCUUUCCAAUAUAUAUAUAAGUCUUUAUUUCACAACUUUCACAACCAGACAUAUCGAUUGAAUGCGCGCGCCGCACCUCCUGUCAAACGCAAAACGUGAAAAUAUUUGAGUUGACAUCUCAUUUUAUACCUAUUCUAGCGCAAAAUAACUAAAAUAAAUCACAAUUGUAGAUAAUUGUUAUCGGCAAGACGUGUUUUUAGAGUGUUAGUGAAGAAAAUGUACUCUUUGUAAGCCGGUUUUAGAAGAAUGUGGCCGCUAUGCAUCCCAGCGUGGGGCGCGGCGGUGGCGGCGGGCGCGCUGGUGCUAUACGGCACCAUCGACGUGGCCUACUUCGCGCGCAUGUUGUUUACAGUCACGCGCGCUAGGUACUUCCGCAAGAAAGCCUGCCUGCUUGAGACCACGGAGGUUGGCUCCUGGGUCCUCCUCUCCGACAUUGACACUCUCCUCUACCACAUGAACAACGCGCGCUACCUUCGCGAACUGGACUUCGCUCGCGCAGACUUCUACGAGAGAACUGGACUGUAUUCCAAUAUUAAAGCGGCUGGCGGGGCCGUCGUGCAAGCGGCUUGCACUAUUCGCUAUAGGAGAUAUCUGAAACCUUUCACCAAGUUCACAAUUACGUCUAGAGUAAUCUACUGGGACAACAAGACCGUCUUCAUGGAGCACGAGUUCGUCGGCCCCGGCCGCUUCGUUCACGCGGUCGCCGUGUGCCGACAACGCGUGAUCGACACGGCCGCCGCGCCGAUUGCGGAACUUUUGGUCCAGCUGCAUUGCGCGGGGACUUGCAAGCCGCAGCUGGGGAAAAUGCCGCCGGAGUUGGAGCUAUGGGUGCAAAGCAACGAGAUAAGUUCUGCCCGCCUGCGGUCUACCGUGGUGCCUGCGCCCUUCCUGCCAGCCUCCCCUCAAAUAGGUUCUGGUGAAUCCAUCACCGCUGCAGAAUGAAGUAACGUUUCCAACAGGGAACACACACUGAACCUGAUGCGAGUUACAUGGAAAUGGAUGAGGAUAGCGAGAACUUUUCAAUUCAUUAUAUUUGAUGUUUUGUAAACGUCGGCUUGGCUAUAAAAUGGUCCAAGACCUGAAACCAAGGCUCGAAAAUCGGGCUUUUAUGCAGAAAGUCAUGUGGAGAAUACCGGCAUGUAACAUUUUUGGUUGGGAAGAUCGUCAUUAGGGCGAAAAUACUCGCGAGUAUUUGUAUACGUAAGUCACUCAGACACACGGCCUAAUUCGAAUAAUGCUUCUAAGAGAUCACUGCGGUACGAUACCGAUCUGCCAUUGUCAAAAGUUACUUUUUUGGUUGAAGAAAUGUCACUUUUGACACUGACAUAUCGUUAACGUACCGCAGUGAUCCCUUAGAAGCAAUGUCAC